UUUUCUUCCCAGUUAAUUUAAAUUGGCUGUAUAUACACGCUAUUUGUUCGUUAGCCCUGAUCUUUGUUCUUCUUCUGAGUUAACGCCCAUGGCUAUGGCAGAUAUCAAUCGCAGCGGGAGCGAAUACGAGUCUGGCGAUGAUGACCUAACAUGGCCAAGUGCAUUCACUUUAAUAGACGUCAUCGACACAUACGUUGAUGCAAGGAUAGACCUCAUAGAAAGGCGGAUACACGAAACGUCCGAUAAAUUGCGUGAGAGAGCUACAUCUGCCAAGGAGAAAGCUGCAGAGAUAAUAAGAACUCGGGGUAGUGGUACACGCAUUGACGACUCCACUAAUGACGACGACGGUGAAAAGAAGCUCCAGCCAGCUGCAGCACGGGCUAAAGAUUUCUAUGAGCGUGAAGCCGCAAAGUAUAAGUUAUUGCUCAGCAAACGUGUGCAGCAUUUAUCCACCAAGUGGAAGGACGCUAAAGUCGUACAAUUGCGCGAUAAACUCUCGUUCUGCUUUGGUGUAUUUAACGUCCUUGGUAGUGCUUUGCUUUACGCACUUAACCCAGAAUGGUUACACAUUUCUUAUACUAUCCAGAUACUCUACUUCUUACCACUCCGCGCUUACACCUACAAGCGUUUAAGCUACCACUACUUCUUAUUUGAUAUGUGCUACUACGCUACAAUCCUCAAUUUGGCUUUCCUUUGGUUAUUCUCGUCAUCUGAAGCUGUCUUUGUCGCAGCUUACUGUAUGACGAUGGGACCACUUGCUCUGGCUGUCAUUACAUGGAGAAACAGUUUGGUCUUCCAUAGUUUCGACAAAACUACAUCGCUUUUUAUCCACAUUUAUCCACCAUUGGUCUUCCAUGCUAUUAUUUUCGACUAUCCAAACAGUACUGAGCGUUUCCCUGCUCUAAAGAAUCUCCACAAGUUACAAACAGGUAAAGCUCUUCUGUAUACCUCAGUCAUAUAUCUCCUCUGGCAGGCGCUUUAUUGGAAAUUUAUAUUAGUUGAACGUCGCCAUAAAAUUGGUGAAGGAGAAGGCAAAAGAACGACCUCAUUUAGUUAUAUGUUACACCAUAAUCAUGGUUUGAUUGGACGUACCCUCAGCGGAAUAGCACCAAAAUGGCGUGAAAGUGCGUUCAUGUUUAUGCAGUUUGCGUAUACAAUGGUGACUAUGUUACCUGCUGUUUUCAUUCUGUAUGACAGCAAAGUUGCAAGUGGUACUUUCUUAUUGUUUAUCUUUGGUGUGUCCACAUGGAAUGGUGCUUCAUACUAUGUGGAAGUAUUUGGAAGGAGGUUUGAGAAAGAACUAGAUGCACUUAGAAAGGAACUCGAAAUAGCAAGUUCAACUAAUGGAGAUGCAGAGGAUGACACUUCGCCGAAAUCAGAGAAUGAUGAGGUAGAUAAUGGCAAUAACGUAUCGUCUAAGAAGGAUAAUUGAGGCAUCAAAUUGAAUCAGUUGAGUAAUUUAAUUGUACAGAAGUUUAUUAUUAUUACAUGUUAUCAUUUGCUAUUGAAUUCAAGGUGGUGAGGGUGAUCUAACAGCGAGACUACGUCUAUUAAGGAGCAAACCCUUGAGGGAGCGUAUCUCAGUACGUAGAUCGACAGCGCUCUCAACAUGUGAAGGUAAAAUUUCAGUUGGUGAUCUUCCUGCUGGCAUAAUUUCCUGUUUUGCUCGGUUUGUGCGCUUGAAAAGAUCCUGUAAGAGUUCAUGGACAUCCUCACUAAGUAUACUGGAUGAUUCGGUUGAAGUCAUUGGUGUAGCACCUGGUAGUUCAUGGACAGAUCUACUCAGACUUUCUAGUGAAUCCGAGAGUGAAUUCAACAGCAAUGGAGUACCUUUUUCGGGAUCGUCCCUAUCCAAAUCUUUGGUUAAUCUAUCGUUAUUAUAGUAACUAAGAAGUAUAGUUAACAGGGUAGAAUGCCGAUCGCGGAAUGCUUUGGUUAUGCUUUCCCUAGACGUCAAAGAGCGGCGGUAUUUGUCUUCUGCGUAUAGCUUCCAAAUUGAUACCAAUGUAGCUGCAAAUGAUGAUGAAAUGAUGCAGCCAUAAGCGACGUUCUGAAAGAAUUGUGGAAGCGUACUAGCCGUACGUAUUACAUCAACAUUUUUGGUCAUGAUAGUAUCUUUAAAAGUGACGAUAACGUUCUAAUGCAAAGACUAUUUGGAUUUAAUCAAGCGAAAGCACCUAAAACUAGUUUAAAUGACGCAAUAAAGAGUGUAAAUUAACUUCACAGUUCUAUCGCCUAUCUCACUCAUAUUAGACAGAAACUAGAGCCUCGUCAAUUGAAUCAAAAGUGAAGAAAUGUGAUCAGGAGUUAGCGCAAUUUAAGCAGCAGAUGAAUAGGUUACGUGAUGGUCCAGGAAAGGUAUAUUUCCUCUUUACAGCCCCUGCCGUCUAUCUAACCGUCCUGAC